AUGUACUGCUGGGUGGACCACUGGUGUAUGUGGCCCAAUGGGAAGCAGGACCUGAACCAGACCGGGACGAAGCUCAUGUACAAAUGGAGAUGUCAUAACGAGGCUUCUGCUGAAGGAUAUCGCUGUCAUGAGGGCUGGAGAGUUGUUGCUGAUGUCCGCCAUAUUCUCUUCGAUCAAACGUGGACAUCAGCCAGUGCCGCAGAUGAAGACCCAUGUCCAGUUGAGAAGUAUAUCCGCGCCACAUACACACCUCAGAAUCUGACAUCGCCUGGCUUUCCUGGAAAUUAUGUCAGGCCUUCAGCAUGUAAGUGGAUCAUAGAAAGCAAUAUUCAAGAUGGCGUCAUCAAGUUCAAGGUUAUCAAGUUUGAGUUGGAGGGGUCGCCAUCUUGUUACAGAGAUUACCUGGACGUUAGAGACGGUCCCUGGCGACUGAGUCCCAAGCUGCUGGGAUGGUGUGGAGUCAAGCCCCAGGGGAAGACAUUUAAGACGUCGGGCAAGACGGCGACAGUGCUGUUCCAAGCAGUGACUCACGGCCAAGCCAAGCCUGGCUUCCAUAUCCAAUACUGGCAAGCUAAGAACGAUAUUCUCCCAGACGGAGAGGCGAAAUACACAGUGGCUAACUUCAUCCUUGGAGGAAUAUUUGGUGUGAUUCUCCUCGUCGUCUUUGUUACGCUUCUGUUUCUUGUCAUCGUUCGCAACCUAAGAUACACUCGAGAACGGCAUUUACAGCACAUCAGAAUAUACUCAUAAAUACCCAGGUCAGAAAAUACCCCUACUCAUGCCAAAAGCGAAAUGAGAAUAUACUCAUGACCAGAUCGACGUAUCAGAAGAUAAUCAUAACCAAAUCGACACAUCAGAAUAUAUUCAUACCCAAAAUCAACACUUCAGAUUAUACAUAAGAAUAUUUUCCAAGCCAGAUCGACACAUCAGGAUGUCCUCGACUCAUGUGAUUUAAUCAAACCCAGAUCACGUAGCUGAGAAUACUCAUGGAUCGACACAUCAGAAUACUCAUGGCUAGAUCGACACAUCAGAACAUAGUAUUAGAGCCCGAUCUACACAUCAGAAUAUACUCAUAGAUUGAUCGACUAAUCAGGUUUCAUCAUUACCAGAUCGACAUAUCAGAGGACAUGGAGAGAAUCCGGGAACAUGCCAUUUAAUCAUGACUUAAAAGCAUCCGCGUCUUCGAAAAAUGAAGCUUCCACAGAUUUCCGCCUUAUAUGUAAAUUGUACAUUUAUCAUUGUUAUUUAUUAAACAUCGUUGGCUUUCUUA